AUGAGCGACUCGGACAGCGACGACUACCUACCGUCUGACACCAGCUCCCACAACUCCGCCGACAACUACGAGUCUGACGUGUCCAUGGAGGAUGCGGUCUCGUCUGCGGCUGAAGAUGGCCAGUCUGAGCAAACUAGCGACGAGGAACAGCAGUCCGCCUCGGUUUCCGACGAGUCGGAGGAGGACGCGGGCGGCGAUGGUUCUGGUGACGGUAGCUCUGGGCUCUUCGUUUACCCUGAACCUGGCUGCGGCAAGAGCUACACAAAGAUCAAGUCGUGGCGCUCGCACAAGGAUGCCCACGCGAGAGAGUACUACUGCCAAAUCUGCCCGUAUCGCGGUGGUGAUUUCGACAUGUUGACAAGACAUGUGAGGACCCACACCAACGAGCGACCGUACCACUGCGAGUACCCCGGCUGCUCGAAAACGUACAAAGAAAGUGGCCACCUGCGUAGACACCAGAAAACCGCUCUCGUUCAUUUGCGUGCCCAAAUCCAAACUGUUCCUGGAGCUUUUAUGAGCGUCAGGACCUCACAAGUCACAUGGAAAUCUGUACUGCGUAAGGGAGCGGCUGUGGUCGGUAUGGUCGAGGCGUGA